AUAUGCAAAGUAGAGGAUGUCGUUUUUCUUUGCUGCCCAGUUGCUGGCGGGUAACCUAAGAAAGAGUCACGUUUUGCGAGGAAGUUGCUCGUUUUGCUAUAUUUCGUGUAGCAAUAUACGUUUUUAUUAUAAUAGAUUGCCAUAUUGAUUUGCUGGCUGCCUAUUUUAGUGAGUGAUUGACUGACUGAUUGAGUUACUAAGCUGCAAUCAUGUCGAACUUUACAGUAGUGCGUCUGACCAAAGUUCAGCCCUAUCUGCAUACGGUGGGCAGCAGUUAUGCGGCCCUAGCCAAUGUGGAUCGUUUCUAUGCCAAGGCCUUGGACACUGGAGUGCUCGACCUCCAUGCGAACACCAGCGGGAGCCAUGAAAAUCUAGCUGCAGAAAGCAUGCUGGUGCUUAUUGAGGGAGAGACCUCCAGCUAUCGAUCCACCUCGACCAUUGUGCUAAUGGUUUCUGCCUGGACACUUCUGAUUUUGGGCUUUGUCUUCUGCUGCUGUGCCGAGUGCUGUGGCGUCAGCGUCUGGAGGGGCAAGAAGCGUUGUAGCGUUGAGGGACUCAAUGACGCUGAGCGUGGAGGAGGCGGCGAUGAAGAUGGUGCUGGUGGAGGUGGAGUUUCAGCCAGCACAGGUGGCUCAGAGCCGUACAAAGAAAAACAAAUCAAUAGGAUCAAGCCUAUGUCUGUGUAUUCCUUAUACCUGUCCGAGGUGCAAGAAAAAAAGCCCAUUCAAUGAGGGAUAAAAGGGAAAAAUGCCGCGGCCGGAAAAAGAACAUUUAACGCGAUGUGAUGAUUUACAAAUUGCUUGGAAGAAACCGGGGAAACAAGAAAGAAUCUUUGUCAGGCAAUUCCUGUGUACUUGGAUAAAAGACUGUUGCGAUUGCGUUAGUUACUACCAACGUGGAAGUGCUUUUAAUCAAAAAGUAUCUAUCCAACAUUAUUAAACAUUAUGCGGAAAAAAAUUGUUUCCCAUAGAAGGCAUUGUCAAAAAUUAGAAUUAAGUUUAGAUUAUGAACAUUUAUACUAAAAGGAUCUAUAAUUUGUAUAACUUUAAACUUAACCACGUAUAUAAUUAUCUUUAAUAUUUCAUAGACAAUUUAAAUUUCGGUAGCCCCGUCUGCUCAACAACGUGCAAAGACCUCAAGUAGCAAGCACAGGCUGGGUAAAAAUUCUAUAAUUAAACGCAUUACAUGUUCCACCAUUGGCACUUCCUUUGUUUGCUUAACUGUCUGAGCAAUGUCGAGUAAGCUCCAAUUACGUUGACGAUCUUCAGUUCUGACAUAUGAAAUGCCCCUGAGGUUGAACCAGGAACAUUGAACCAACCAGAGAUAACUGAUGGGACUUUUAUAGCAUGACUAUGAUAUUUUAAUCUGCAAUCCAUCCGCAUGAUGCGAAAUCCCAGAGUUGAUAGAUUUAUACGCUUUAUAUUGUUCUGUUUUAUCAUUAAUCUGUAUCGUACCAGACAUCAGACAGACUAACGUUCAUAUCCCUGUCGUACACCUGUAUUACCUUUAAAUCUUAAAUGAUCCAGCUAGAGUCGUGCAAAGUUAGAGUUAGAGUCGUGCAAAAAUAAAAGUUAAAAUCAAAACAAACCGAUAUUAACAGAUAAUAAUCGUCCAUUUUUCAUAUUUAAUUUCCAUGAACUGGAGUCGGAAUCGCUUACUUCUUGCAGUAGCAUAUACAAAAAUUAAAUAUUAUUCUAUACUACUAUUGGAUUACCGGGUAUAAAAAUAAAGAAAAUAAAAAGGUCUUCAAGUUGAACGUAAAUAAUAAUCUGAGUGCUUAGUGCAAGGUGCUUAGAGAGACGUUUGAGAUAAGAAAUUAACCCGAUAAACACGGUAACCGGAGGCGAAAAAUAAAACAUGAGAUAAAUCAUUAAGCGGAACUGACCUGAAAAUAUAAAAUAUUAAACUUACAGUCCGGCAAAAUAAUUUCAAUGCAUACAAUUUAUACAAAUUAUAUUCAAUAUAAAUUAAGGUACAUCAGAUGCAAAUACUGGUUUGCUUUCGCCAGUUUUAUUUUUUAUUAAUUACAAUUGUGGGAAAUUAUUGGUUAAUAUAAAGCAGCAAA